AACAAAACUCCGACAUAAUGUCCAAAUCCGUUCUCAUCACCGGCUGCUCCAAGGGCGGCAUUGGCCACUCUCUCGCCCGCGAAUUCAAGAAGAAUGGUCUGCGCGUCUUUGCAACGGCUCGCAAUGCCGACAGCAUCUCUGACCUCGCUCAACAAGGAAUUGAAACGCUGUCAUUAGAAGUCACCGAACAAGACUCCAUCAACGCGCUCAAGGCGGAAGUCGAAAGCCGGACCGGUGGACGUCUCGACUACCUCGUGAAUAAUGCCGGCCGAAACUAUACGGUCCCAGCAUUGGAUGUGGAGAUGGAAGAGAUCAGAUUGACCUUUGAAACGAAUCUCUUUGCCGUCAUGCGCAUGUGUCAGACCUUCGCGCCGCUCCUGAUCAAUGCAAAGGGCACAAUCGUGCAGAUUGGAUCGGUCGCUGGAAUUAUACCAUACGUGUUUGGCAGUGUCUACAACGCUAGCAAGGCCGCGUUGCACUCCUACUCGAACACCCUGAGGGUCGAACUGGAACCGUUUGAUGUACGAGUUGUCACCAUCGUGACAGGAGGCGUCAAAUCCAAUAUCGCGAGAACGACACGGACACUAUCACAGGAUUCGUAUUACUUCCCAGUCGAGACGGAGUACAAGGAACGUCUCACGCACAGCCAAGCGCAAGGUGUGCCCAAUGAAGAUUAUAGCAGACGAGUGGUUCAUGCCGUCCUGAACAAGCCCAACAAAGACCACUUUUGGGAAGGUGGCAAAGCAUGGCUGGUCUGGUGGGCGUCCACCUUUUUACCACGAUGGGUCAUGGACAGUGUCCUGAGCAGAAUGUUCAAGCUCUGGAAAUUGAGAGGUACCUAUCAGAAGAAAGUCCUUUGACGUCGACAGACCGUACACAUGAGGUCUCUGUAUGAGACCAUCUGCUAGAUUUCAGACAGGACAAGCCCCAGGACAAAUAGCUAUGUACUUUAUCCAAAGACAGCAAAAAAAGAAAACGCC